GCCACAACAACAAUCCACCCCUCUGCGCCCAUCACCAUCGCAGCCUUGCCCUCGUACUUUUCGUGUCCUUAGCCUUUCUUUAUCCACGACAUCGCCGGGUAAGCCGAGUCGCGAAGCUAGCCCUUGGUACCCUUCAUUGUUCGUCGAUUGCGACCGAAUUUUUUCUUUCUUCUGGAUGCGCCCACCUGUUUUGUUGUCCCCCUGCCAAGCCUCUAUUCAGACCCUUGAUCUUCCGCGCCUUGUCUUGUGGAACAUUGUUCCUGAGCCUUCGCCAUGGAUUCCGACAUUGGCUCGGUCUUUGGCGACUUCGAAGACGAGUCUGACGGCUAUAUCCCAGAGGUGAAGCCCAAGGCUAAAGUACAACCAAAAAAGAUGGCGACAGCGAAACCCGCCAAGAUGGUCCAGACAACCCUUACCGGUGGCAAGGCUCCCGCGAAAAAGCGCCCCAAGUCAGAGAGCGAUGCUGAAGGCACACCUCCAAAGAAGCAAAGGAAGGCGCCUGUGAAGAAAUCGGGCGGCAAGCCCCUUGCUGAGAUCGAGAACGACAGCAUGGUGAUCGACAAUGACGAUGAUGACGCGCCGGCCUUCAAGCCUACGGCUAAGUCCAACAAGACCGCCACUGAAACGUACCAAAAGCUCACACAACUCGAACAUAUCAUCAAGCGCCCCGACACGUACAUUGGUUCCGUCGAGCGAAUGGAUCAGAAGAUGUGGGUGUACAACAAGGCCGAGAAGUUGAUGGAGAACCGCACCGUCAGCUUUGUUCCAGGUCUGUACAAGAUAUUUGACGAAAUCCUCGUCAACGCCGCCGACAACAGCCAGCGAGACUCGUCGAUGACGUAUCUCAAGGUUACCGUCGAUCGCGAGACGGGCGAGAUCUCGGUUGAAAACAACGGCAAGGGCAUCCCGAUCGAGAUGCACGAAAAGGAAAAGUGCUAUAUCCCCGAGCUCAUCUUUGGCCACCUGUUGACCGGCUCCAACUACGACGACAACGAGAAGAAGACGGUCGGUGGCCGUAACGGUUACGGUGCCAAGCUCACCAACAUCUUCAGUCAGAGGUUCACCAUCGAGUGCCAGGACUCCAACAACGGCAAGCGGUACAAGCAAACCUGGACCGAGAACAUGAGCAAGAAGGAAAAGGCCAAGAUCACAUCCAACAAAUCUUCUGAUUUUGUCAAGGUCACUUUUCUGCCCGACUACAAGAGGUUCGGCAUGGAGAAUGGAAUCGACGACGAUCUUGAGGCUCUGAUCUAUCGUCGCGUUUACGACAUGGCCGGAACCGUCAGUGGGGUCAAGGUUUGGUUGAACGGGGAGCAUCUCAAGGUCAACUUCAAGUCGUACUGCGAGAUGUACGCCAAGUCCAUUGCCAACGAGCGGGGCGAUGCCGCCGUGGACGGCGAGAAAGCGGUCGCCAAAGUCGAGUUCGACCAGCAGAGAUCCAAUGGCCGGCUCUGGCAGAUCGGCUUCACCGUCUCAGACGGCUCGUUCCAGCAGGUCUCGUUCGUCAACAACAUUGCCACCACAUCCGGCGGCACGCACGUCAACUACAUUGCCGACCAGAUUUGCGAGGCGCUUGGCAAGGAGCUGAACAAGAAGAAGAAGGGUCACUCGCUCAAGCCUUCGCACUUCCGCAAUCACAUCUUCAUCUUCAUCAAUUGCCUGAUCGACAACCCGUCCUUCAACUCGCAGACAAAGGAGCAGUUGACCACCAAGAUGAGCGCCUUUGGCAGCAAGUGCGUCCUCAGCGACCAGUUUUUGAAGAAGGUCAAGGCAUCCGAGGCCAUUGCAAACAUCAUGGAGUUUGCCGACAGGAAGGCAGACAAGAUGAUGGCCAAGACUGACGGCAACAAGCGCUCCCGCAUCAGCAACGACAAGCUGAUUGAUGCCAACUGGGCCGGUACGAAGCGUGGCCAUGAAUGCACCCUCAUCUUGACCGAAGGUGAUUCAGCCAGAGGCCUUGCUGUUGCCGGCCGUGCCGUUUUGGACCCGGACCGUAUUGGCGUCUUUCCGCUGCGCGGCAAGAUGCUCAAUGUCCGCGACGCCUCGCUUGACCAGAUCAUGAAGAACAAGGAAAUCGAAAACAUCAAGAAGUUUCUCGGCCUGAAGCACAAGCAGAACUACACAGACACCAAAGGUCUCCGCUACGGCCACUUGAUGAUCAUGGCAGAUCAGGAUCUCGACGGUAGUCACAUCAAGGGCUUGCUCAUCAAUUUCCUUGAGGUCCAAUUCCCGUCCUUGCUGCGCAUUGACGACUUCUUCCAAGAAUUUAUUACUCCGGUGGUCAAAGUCUGGCAGGGCAACAACCCGAAGAAACCCCAAAACCUCAAGAUGUUCUUUAACCUUCCCCAGUAUGAAACCUGGAAGGAAGCCCAUAAAAACGAGCUGCGGAAGUGGAAGUACAAGUACUUGAAGGGUUUGGGUAGCUCCUCCAACGAGGAUGCCCAGAUUUACUUCAAGGAUCUGGACCGGCACUUGAAAAAGUUCGACAUCUUGAAGCCUGAGGAGUCCCAGUUGUUUGAGCUCGCCUUCUCCAAGAAAAAGGCGGACGCCCGCAAGGAGUGGCUGGGCAACUUUGUCCCCGGGACAUUCCUCGAUUCGACUGCGAGCAGGAAGACCUAUACCGACUUUGUUCACAAGGAGCUCAUCCUGUUCAGUAUGGCCGACAACAUGCGAUCCAUUCCAUCCAUGGUGGACGGCCUGAAGCCUGGUCAGCGAAAGGUCAUCUAUGGUGCGUUCAAGCGGAACCUCGUCAACGACCAAAAGGUCGCCGAGUUCGCCGGUUACGUCUCGGAGGUAGCCGCCUAUCACCACGGCGAACAGUCUCUGCAGCAGACCAUUGUCGGCUUGGCGCAGACCUACGUCGGAUCCAACAACGUCAACUGCCUGGAACCCAGCGGUAACUUUGGUUCGCGUCUUUCUGGUGGCUCGGAUGCAGCCAGCGCUCGUUACAUCCACACGCGCUUGUCACCUUUUGCCCGGCGGGUCUUCUCCAAGCUUGACGAACCCAACCUCGAGUACCAGGAUGAUGACGGUAGCAUCAUCGAACCCAAGGUCUACAUACCGGUUAUUCCCAUGGUCCUCGUCAACGGCGCUGAUGGCAUCGGCACAGGGUGGAGCACAUCCAUCCCCAACUAUCAUCCGAUCGAUAUCGUCGAGAACCUCAAGCGGCGCAUGGGCAGGCUCGAUCCUGACGACGCCGAGGAGAAGCCAUUCAAGCCCAUGACUCCAUGGUUCCGAGGCUGGAAGGGUGUGGUUGAGCCAGAUGGGCCCAACAGGUUCAAAUUCAACGGCAUCAUCAAGCAGGACGAGCAGAACCCUAACGAGAUUCAUGUCACGGAGCUGCCCAUCCGGAUGUGGACUGAUGACUUCAAGUCGAGGCUCGAGGACAUCCUUCGUGCCGAGAAGACGCCCUCCUUCAUCAAGGAUUACAGGGAGUUCAACGACCACCAAACAGUGCAUUUCAUCAUUGAGAUGGAGGAUAAGCAUUUAAAGGCAGCACUUGAUGAGGGUCUCUUAGAGAAGUUCAAGCUUACCAAGUCAAUCACCACCACCAACCUCGUUGCCUUCAACACCCGCGGCCAAAUCCAGAAGUAUGAGAGCCCGGAGGAGAUCAUGGAGGAAUACUACCACUACCGCCUCAAGAUGUACACUGAGCGCAAGAGCCACUGGUUGGGUGUCUACCACGCCGACUACCGGAAACUCAAGAAUCAGUACCGCUUCAUCUUGGAGAUUAUUGAGAACAAGUUGGUGGUCAACAAGAAGAAAAAGGAUGUUCUCGUCCAGGAACUUCGAGACCGCAAGUACGAGGCUUUCCCGCCCAAGGACGACAAGAAGGUCAAGUCCACCGACGAGGAGUUCGGUAAGGAUGAUGCCGAAGACGAAGACGUCUCCGGUGGCGCCCGCGACUACGACUACCUGCUCUCGAUGCCAAUCUGGUCCCUUACGAACGAGCGUCUCGAGAAGCUUAAAAACCAGAUCGCGGCAAAGAAAGCGGAGUAUGACGAGCUCGAAGCCCUGAGCGAGAAAGACUUGUGGGUGAAAGACCUGGACGGCUUCGUCGAGGAGUGGCACAACCAGCUGAAGCUGGAGGAGGAGAUCACAACCGGCAUUCGGAGGAUGGGUCGCCGCACAUCCCACAAGAUUGGUGCUGGAAGGGGCCGCCGUGUGAAGGAUGAUGACGACUACCAGCCCGAGAAGAAGACCAAACCUAAGGCUGUGAAGGUUGAGAAGGUCGAGACCAAGACCCAUCAAAGAUUCACUGAGAAGUUCCAGGCAGCAGCCAAACCAACGCCCAAGAACGAUCUCUCCGAUGACGAUUUUGCCCUCUUGGGCAAGAAGGCGGUUGUCAAGCAAGAGUCGGAGCCUCCUGCUUCUCUGACGGACGCUACCAACGGUCGCAAUAAGCGGGCGGCUGCCAGCAAGUCUAGGUAUGUCCUGAGCAGCGAUGACUCUGACGAGGACUUCAUGGACCUGGGCAAGCCGAAAGUGAGGGACGAUCAAGGUGACUCUGAACUCGACGAGGUGAUUGAGAAGCCGGCAAAGAGGACAGCAGCGACAGCAGCGAGAUCUAAGCCCUCGUAUAUGGACGAAGAGUUCGGUUCAGAUAGUGAUGACGGCCACGAUGACAAACUACUUGGAGACGUCGGCGCCAUGGUCAAAGGCAUAGGGGCCUCGGCCACCUCGAACAGCAACGGAGGCAGACUUAGUCUGUUUGCCAUGUCUCGGCCCGAGGCAGGCGACGCGCCCUUGCCGAAGUUGAAGAGCAAGCCGUCAAAGCCUGCCAUGGACGUUGACAGCCACGACGACACCAACUACGAGGCGCUAGCCAUGUCGUCGCCGCUCAAAUCCACCAAAGCUGACGAUCUGGACGACUUCCUGUCGGAUGACGACUUGCCAGCCGCCACCACCAAACCUGCCGCAAAACCCGCGUCUCAGACUGCCGCCUCCAAGGCCAAGGCUCCCCUGAGCGUAGUUCCGGCCCCACCAAAGAAGCGGGGCCGUCCGGCGGGAUCCAAGAACAAGCCCAAGGGCGACGAGGGUCCUGCCCCUAAGCCAAAGCCGGUGGCGGUCGCGGCGGCAGCCAGGCCCAAACCGUCAACUCUCUCCCCAGCUGCCAAAGCCUACGCCGCCAAGAAGGCCAAGGCAAAAAAGAUACUCAGCGACGACGAGGACGACAUUGUCGAUGAGCCUGCCAGCCCGGUGGUGGCCCAGCCCAAGGCAAGGCCAGGGCGCGCGGCGGCGGCCAAGGCAAAGCCGAUUUACAUUGAUGACUACGAGGACGACUCGUUUAUCAGCGGUGGCACUGGUGGUGGGCGGAAGGGCCGGAGGGAUGACAGUGAUGCGUUUGAUAUGGACGAUAAUAGCGAGUAGUCGGGUUUUGUAUGGCGGUUGCGGUGGUCUUGAUGAGACACGACUGUUUUAUUUUAAGUUGGAUCUGGUGAAUGGAGUUGUCUUGGUUUUUUCCUUAUUUUGGUGGCUACCUGACUACGGGGACUCAUUGGCCUGAGGGCAGAGGCAGUGAACGGGCUCUGGGCUCUCUGUGGGUUCUGGGCUUAGGCGCUCUUGGUGGUUUUAUUGGGGAGAGGGAGGGCGAUGCAUACAUUUGCAGUUUAGUUCUGCUUGUUCUCUGUUCGUCUAUCGCCGGCCUCUGGUCCUUGGGAAGGGUGCACUCUCAAGUACUAUACUACUCUAUCUGCUCAAGUCAUCGAUUGCGUCUUGGACCUUUACU